AAGGUAAGUGUCAGCACUGUUCGGACGUGUAGAAGUAGGACCUGCAUUUUAUUUCCUUGAGGACUUCUUAUGUCGUUAUCGUUUUGCUACGCAAAAUAAGUUGCUUCCAGAAAUAAAUGUCAAACUGAAAAGAAACAAAAAGAUGACGAUCAUGCCCCGCAACGGCACUGGCAACCCCGCGAAGCAUGCGGGGCACCACCAGCUGCAAAGCCUGGAUUUUUUUGCGGCUGGAGGAGCUCCUGGAGGAGCUGCCCUCGGCGGAGAUCUGUUUUCCGGAGCAGCGAAGAAGACGCAACAUGGGGCUUCUUCUUUUUCUAAUGCCUAUAAUGCGAUCCCGAGCUGCGACACUACUAGUACCACCGACCUUCUCGCCAAACUGCACCAAAUGAACCGAAAAAUCAACGACUUGGGGCUGUGCAACAGCAUAUGCAAUGCAAAACUAUCGUACUAAGUACAAGUAGCAAUCGCAUGGCAAAUAGAUUCAGUAUAAAAUAAGACGUAAAUUUGUGAUGCUAUUCUGCCUGAGCCUGUACGACAAAGAUUCGUGAUGCAUAAGUGUACUUAAAAAUCAGUACGAGUGCGAUGCUUUUGCGUAGGAUACAGCACCAUUGACAUCGACAAACUGACUUACCUCUUCGAAAAGCACAUCGACGACAUCGACGAGCGGGGGGCCGUGAAUGAAAUGAGUCAGGAUCUGUUGCAGGUGAUUAAUGAUUUACUGAUCCAUAUCGCAGAACGAAAAAACUGUUCCACUAUGGUGAUUUUGCAAAAUCUGCAUCACAAGUUUGUUACGCAUGACACUGAAAAUCUGUCAUGCGGGGUUCCUAAUGUAGGGAAAACACAGCGAGAAAUCCAUUGUCUUGCGCCAUGUGAUAUAGCAAGACAAAUCAUUCUGUCGUGCUCCAUUCUAUGCAUCACAAGUUCACAGUGAAGCAGUUUUCUCUUGCGAUAAUCCAGUUUAUCUCCUAUCAAGCUGCCUACGACCGACUCUCGGGCUAUCAAAAUGAAAAAUCCCCCCUUCCCAUAUCGAACAGGAAAUUCGUGAUGUUGGAUUUGCCUACACAAAUCAGAUUUGUCUUGCAGUAGAGGACUGCAGGCGGAUGCAAAGCCUGCAGCGGGGCGCUUAGAGGUGGGCGCUUGGCAUGGCAGGCGUCUGCCCUGUAGGCCUUGCAGCAUUACAAACCGGCUGGAUAAUGCGGCGGGCUCGCUGCCUUUGCCCUCUUGCAAGACAGACAGGAUGUGUGGCCGCAAAUCUGCGUCACAAAUUUUCAGAAGGGCGCGCUUUCAAUAUGGGGAUGAGGGAUUUUUCCUCACAAUACGGGCAACGCGACAACCAUCGAGAAUAAAUUGCUCAACGCGGAAAACUAUGGCAAUGGGAAAAUCGCACUUAUGCAGCAAUCAUUGCAAGACAAAUCUCUUUUCCAAGCCAGAUGAGCAUGACAAACUCCAUUUGUCAUGUUGAGGAAAUUUCUAAUGCAGUGGCUACUAGUAUACGAGUUCUAGGUCUAGUGCGAUUACUUUUUGCACUUCAUACUUACAGCUUGGACGGCCGUUAGAAAUCAUCUUGGCGAAUUUCUUGCGAAUUUAUAGGGGAAAGACCCGCAGCGCGGCCUGGGCAUUGGUGUCGGGCUUGGGAUUCUGCGUUGCCAACGCAUCUAUGACGCCCCGCUCGUAUUCCGCGUCUUUUUGGUGUCCCGACGAGGAGGGGCAAAACCAGCAAAAUCUUUCCGCGCCGGGCGCCUUGGUCGGUGCCCGAGUUUUGGGCCCAGUGGCUGCACUAAUGUGCCCCACCUAGGAGCACCAUCGCGCCACACCGGGAACAGAGCUCGCGCGCGAUGGACAGGGAGGGCAUCAAUUGCACCCCCUUCCCCCUGAGUUGUCCUCGAAUGCCAAGAGUUUUGCUCUUGCGACAGGUGGGCACAAAUCUGUGCAUUUUGGAACACAAGGCCUCGGGACUUGGUCUACAGAUUUUGCCUCUGCGAAUUUAGAAAAGUGGCCCUCGCGAAUUUCGCGCGAAUUUAGAAAAGUGGCCCUCGCGAAUUUCGAAAGCCCGACCUGAAAUUGCGUUUUUUUCUAAAUUCGCGCGAAAUUCGCGAGGGCCACUUUUCUAAAUUCGCAGAGGCCGCUUUUGCAAAUUCGCACGGGCCACCUUUGUAAAUUCGCAAAUCGAGAAUACCGCCCUGAUUGGGCAUGCCUUUAAACGCUUAGCCCGAUGGUGCUCUGGUGUUCCAACUUUAGCAAAAUUCAAAAAUUACAUCUGAAGCCGCAUGGUAUGACGAGAAAGCGGCUGUGAUUGUGCGUGACGGCGUUAAAAGUUUCGCAUCUGGCGCAAAAAGCUGCUGCUCAUAAUUGACGCCGUGGCAGUUUCUAAGCCGGCGCCUGUCGCAUCGAAAGCGAAGAGGCCCCCUCGAUGGUGAGGCACGGGAAACGCAGCAAAUUUCCUUGCGUCCCUCGGAAGGGCAUGGGACCGCGAACAGGGUGGCCACGUGAUUGGCCACCAGACGUUGGCGCUUGGGUUUGCGCUGAAAUUCGCUUGAAAUUCGCGCCUGCUCUUUCUAAUGGGUGCCCAAGCUCUAACUUCAUACGAGCUUGGCGCAGCAGAAGAGUAAGAAGCUGAAGGAAGCGGAAUUGAGAAUCGAGAAGGAGAGACGCGAACACACGGCGGAGAAGGAGCAGCUGGUGAAAAAAGUCCGGAUUCUGAACACGACAAAAAUUCCGGAAAUGACCAAGAAGAUCCGGUAUGAACUGCAAAAGCAUCGUACUAGUACAAAUUGCAUUACAAAUUUUCUCAGCAUGACAAAUGCAAUUUGUAAUGCUGUUUUACCUUAGGAAGAAGAUUUGUCAUGCAUAUUUGCAAUUAGUACGAGUACGAUACUUUUGCACAGGAUAUCCGGCUACUGGAGAAGAAAAACGCGGUCUACGUGAAAGAACUAUCGCCAGAAAAAACUGUUUCACUGUAAACUUGUAAUGCAGAGAAUGCAUCUCACAAGUGUUUGUCUUGCUACACAUGCAAGACAGUGGAUUCUUAGCUGUGUUUUCCCUUAGGAACCUUGCAUGGCAAAUUUUCUCUGUCAUGUAGAGCAAACCUGUGAUGCAAAACCUGCAAAAUCCUUACAGUGAAACACUUUUUUCGUACGAUAAGAACUGAAGGAAACCGAGAAAAAAAACGCGGACCUGAAAAUUUUGGUCCAGACGAGCGGCGUAAGUGCCGUGGGGUGUGCCGCUGGUGCGAAAAACGAUUCGUCCACGACAGCACAGCAAAGAAACACUUCUUCUGCGCAACAUCAUGACUCUCUGUCCAUCUCCCACCACACUCACGCGCAAAAACUCCAGCCGCUGGCGCAUAUCCAAGAAAAAAAGAUUGUCCGGUAUAAGUUUCUUGGAGGAACAGCAUGACAAAUCCGUUCUCUGGCAUGAGAGCAAAAACCUGUCAUGCGCAGAUGGUUGUACGGAAAAACGCCACUGAAUGGACCUCCCAAUGCAUGCCCAGCAUGACAGACGCAAUCAUCUUGCAGGUUGCGCAUCACAAACAAUGUUCUUUUUUUCGAUAGCGCAGCAAAUUCGACUACUGAAACAGACGGAGGAGGACCGGCAAGAGCUGGCGUGGAGUAUAUCAAAGAAAAAAAGUUCGUCACGAUCACUGAUGCGCAUUUUUGCAUUGCAAAACUUUCGGUCAUGCGUAAAAAUGCACCACAGCCAGUGCCAGACUUCCUAAGGGGUUUCCCUAAGUUGUACUGUUUCUGCAAUACAAGUAGGAAAAGUUGUCAUGCUAAAAAAAAUUGUAGAUGCAAAGCCAAAGCCAGCAAGUUAGUGAUUGUGACAAACUUUUUUCCCUCCAUAGAAAAACCGGGAGCUGCAGUGCCGUAUCAACUGUAAAAAUGUCUGGGUCUGGAAGAUUCUGACACUUGUCAUGCACGUUUUGCAUGAGCCAUGACGUCUGUGAUGCAUACCCUAGCAAUGCAGAUUUUUUGAGGGCUUCUUGAUGCCUAUUCCGCAUGGCAAAUGCCUUCUCAGCGUAGCAAAAAUUGCACUCCCUUUGCUACUCAUGCAAUACAGAUUUUUUUGGAAUCCAAAUGCAGCAUCACAAGUUCAUUCUUCCAGUAGACCCAGACAUUUUUGCAUUUGAUAUGCCGGGUGUUCGAUUUGGAAGAGCAGUUAGAGGUUUACCGGACGUAUGCCUUGCAAAUACGUCUGGGUCUGGAAUAAUUGGAAUUUGCGAUGCAAAUUCUGGAACACACAAAAAUUUGUGUUGCCUGAGCGCCACCCGUUGCCCAUUUCUUGGUACGCAAGUAGGAACAAGUUGCUUAUGCGGGACACCAGGCAUCAAGUAGAGGCGUGCCCAAAACCUGUGAUGCUUUUGCCUGCAUGAGACACCAUUUGCCUGAUCCGAAAUAUGCAUGACAAACAAUUGUGCACUCUUCCAGACCCGGACAUGUUUGCAAUGGAUAGGACGCAGAUCCAGUUGCUCAUGAAGCAGCAGCAAGGCCAAGGAAAUUCAAAUUACAAUGCUGAUUCGGCUACAGGAAGUACAAGUAGUGCAACAGGUGGAGCUCUUCUUGUGCCACCAGCAUCUACAACUUCUGCGAGCGGGAGUGAGGACCGAAAAGAAGCAGCAGCUCAUGUAGUUUCGUCACUACAUCAAAGCCAAGCUGCCCAUGAAAAAAAUGCUGUCCCGUCUACUGCGCCUGCUCUAACUUCUUGUUCUUCAUCCCUCAAGAACGACGUGAGCGAGGAAGGAAGAAUGGACCAAGUCGCACCGCCAGGAACAAAAGAUGUAGUUGUUUCCCCGCCGGUUGCAUCCGCGACCGCUCCAGAAAUACUAGGAACAGAUCAUAGUACCACACUUCUAUCCCAUCUACCGGCGCGUGCGUUGCGAAGCAGUGUUUCCGUGACGGCGGAAAGGAGAGGAACCACAGCACACCAGCAGGGGGCACGACCAGGCGCUCCGCCCCCAGCGUCGAAAAAUCAAGUGCAGAAAGACUUGUACGGAACAAGUUUUGAUAACAGGACUGGUCGUGGUGCAAGAAUGGGGAGUAGUGGUCGCAAGCGCAACUCUUACGUCGGUGAGUACAACUCUAGUAGCCGCUCGAGGUCAGGAUCGUCAUCACCGGUGAAAAUAAGUCCGUCGAUAGCUAGAACUACAGGUCCUCGGGAGGGGCCGCGGAGAGAUCAAGAUCCAGCUUCAGAGAAGACAGCUGGUAAUAUAAUAAAAACCGGAGCUGCUCCUGUGGCGGUGGCCGCAACUAGUAGUACGGCAGAAGCAUCGUCACGAGCCCCGCCGACCGGAGCAGCGGGGAAAACCACACCAAAAACAUCGUCCCCCACGAAGCUGUAUCAAGUGCAAAUAUGUCUCCGUCUGGAAGGAUGCAACUUGUGAUGCUACGGUCCAAAGGUAGCCUACCUUUGGACUCUACAUAUAUCAAAAUCUGUAUUGCAUAAACAGUAAAAGAGGUGUAAUGUCGUGUGCUACGCAGAGAGGGCAUUUCUCAUGCGGUAUGAGCAUGAUCAGAAAGCCCUCGCAAUAUCUCUGAUGCUAGGGCAUGCAUCACAGACCUCAUGGGUCAUGCAAAAUCUGCAUGACAGACAUACUCCUGCAUUCUUCCAGAUCCAUACUUUUUUGCAAUCCAUAAGCUGAACCCCAGUCCGGACUUCUGGACGAAGCAGAUUCACAAGCUGGCCGCGCGAGGGGGAGAUGGUGCACCAAGCUCUUCGUUUGCCUCUAUCAGGGGGACGAAAAACCUCUAUUAAAAAGAAAAAUCCCCCCUCCCCGCAUCGGAAACGAAAUUUGUGAUGCUGUAUUUGAGUACACAAAUCGACUUGUAUUGCUAGAAGGCCAAGAGACGCAGUUGUGGCCUGAAUUGCAGGGAAUUUGUCAUGCUGUUUCCCACUUCCAGUUGCCUCGCGUCGUGCUGGAGAUGCAACACUUUCCCACGCUAGCUAGCACUACAGUCCGCAUCUUUUGCCUUCUAGCAUCACAAUGCUGAUUUGUGACCACAAAUCUGCAUCACAGACUUCCGUUUUGAUAUGGGGAGGGGGGAUUUUUGUUCUUGAUAACCUCGCGGCGGCGUCGUGGUCUCCAGCCGGGAAUAGCAAUAGGAUCAGAGCUAUGCAUUGCAAAUGUCCCUGGAUGUCUGGAAGAGUGCAACUUGUGAUGCUGCAUUUGGAUUCUAGAAAAAUCUGUGUUCUUGCAUGAGCAGCAAUGGGUGGAAUGUCAUUUUUGCUACGCGGUAGUAGGGGUAUUUGUCAUGCGGAAUAGGCAUGAUCAAGAAGCCUGGAAAAAAUCUGUGAUGCUAGGGCAUGCAACACAGAUCGAUCACGGCUCAUGCAAAACGUGCACGACAAGUCUCAGAAUCAUCUUCCAGACAUCCAGGGAUCAUAUCUGCAUUUGAUAAGAGCUAGCGGUGCCGGAGAUCAUGACCCCGCGCCGGUGCAGUUCCAAGACGCCCCUGUGGCGAAGCUUAGCACCCUUGGAACAGCAGGGUCAUUAUCAAGUGGGGCGGCCUCUUUUUCGACAUCUUUGCCGUCGAUGAAAAAGGACUAUUUACUUGAGGACUUGCUAAACCGCCACUCCGAUGUGGACUUUCACCUGACGAAAAGUGCUACUGAGUCCUUGGAACUGCAUAUGACAUUGCACAAGAACUACACCCCUGCAGGAGCUUGAUUGGAUUCGUCAUGCGAAGGCGCGAUGGACAUCCCAGCCGGUGCUACCUUGAGAUAAGUUAGUAGGGCUGCCACGCAUGACUAUGACAAGCUAGCGCACUCCAAACCGAAUUGCAUUCCGUGAUUGGGUUUGUCAUGCAGAAGCUACGUAGUUCUUUCCACUGCUGUUGUUUUUGUUGCUGUUCAUCAUGCCAACAUACAAAUGAGGAGGAGAAGUAGAGGAACUUGUGCAUUGUCAUACUGCAGGCUUUGCGGAAGCAGAUCGCGACUUUGCGGAAGGAGAUAAUACCCUACGUGUACACGAACGGAGACGACAAACCAGAUGAGGCGCAGGUGGAAAUACAAGUAAAAGAACAGCAGACCGGACGUCGAGAAGAAGUGUUAAAAGAGGCAAAAGCAGCUACAUCGCUGCAGCAAGACAGGAACCACGCCCACGUUCAGGAGAGGGACAGCCACUCAUUCUUGUCCAGUAGCACAGAAAAGAGCGAUGUUGGCGUUGGCCAGGAGCACGUAGGACCACGCGAAAGAGCUACUGCCACAAGUGCGCCCAUGUUCAACAAAAAUUUGCUCUGUAGCGAGAACCACCUGGACUACCGAAAACAAGGUAAUAAAAUUACAGAUGCAUCCGAGGAACGACAAUGUGAAGACCUGAGUGCUGGCCUCUGUGCUGGUAUAAGAACAUCAACCAGCAGAGGCACUGAUGUGAAAACAGACCUGAAAGCGAUUGACGACAUGCGGAAUUUUAUCAGGAAUUGGAGCUCGGCGAAGUUUGAAGAGCAGGAUAGUAAAAACAACCACGAAAAGAUUAUGCAGCAAGACGAGCAGGAGAUGGAGAACAACGCCACCAGUGACAUCAACCUCUCGACCACAUCUUCAACAAACGCGGUAGAAGUAAAAGCAAGAACAUCGUCGUCCACCAAGGCCGUACUAGCAGAGAAAAACUACACUAGCUCCUCAUCUUCCUGCGAGAGUCCCAAGCAAGUCCCCUGGGCAAUUUCUUCCUUCGGCGGAAGAUUUUUAUGCACUGCAAAAAUGUCAUCUGGGCUUCUGGAAAUUUGUGUUUCUGUUGAUAGUCGCAUCCGCGUAGGGUAGCUCCUGCUUGCAUGGCAUAGCAGCAUCAGAAGCUCUGCGAGGCACGAGCUCAUUACAGACUCACUUUCGAAGCGCAUGACAAACUGAGUUUUAUCUUUUACAGCGUGACAAAAAAACUGGGUAGUCGUAUUUUAUUAUGCAUCACAAAUCAUGAUCCUCUUCCUCGCUGUCCUUCAUCAUUCGCAUCACUACAAAUGGAUCCCGACCCAGAUCUUCGAUAAUUUGCAAUGCAUACUUUUUCGGCAGUAGCAACAUCACGAAAAAUACAAACACUGGCCUGCUCGUCAACAGUAGCGGCUCGGCGAAUAUCCUGUGCAAAAGUACGUACUAAUCGCAGUCAUGCAAGACAAAUUUCUUUUUCAAGCUAAAUCAGCAUGAGAAAUUCCAUGUGUCAUGCCGAGCUUUGCAAUACUACGAGUGCGAUACUUUUGCAGUUCAUAGCGAAUUAUACAAAUUUGCAGGAGGAGGUAACGUGUGACGACCUGGCACUGACCAACGUUUUAGAAGUAGACGACCAAGUUUUACUUGUGAGCAAUAAAGAGCAGCAAGAUCAUCUUCAACCUGGUGAACAAAAUCAUCUACGAAGGACGCUAAAAGCUGCAGAUGAGCAGGCCCCCGCUGCUGCACCAGGACGAGGACCAAACCCUGCUUCAUCUGCUGGCGCUGCAGCACGCCCAGGAUCUGCUUCUAGAGCAGGCCAACAUCAGUCGAGUUGUUCUAGUAGAGCAGGCCGCUUGGACUCCAUUUCUGUAAAUCAGAGCCUCGGAACGAUGACCGAAGCGUCUUCGGGGGUUCUGUUUGCCUCCGUGCUCGCAGGAAGCUGCGAAGUAAAAUCGGCAACGAGCCGCAGAAGCGAGCAGAGUGCGAUGAGUGGGUGGCAAGGUGGUAGUGCCACUUUUGUUGGCGGUGGAGGAACUGAAGAUCAUCAAAACGCAAAAAUACAACUGCAAAACCCGCCAGCAAUUGCAACACAGAGGAGCACGACCGACAACUACCAGCAGGAACAAGGUUUCACCAUCCCGCAGAGCGGUGGUAGUAGUAAGAGAACGGGUGGAGCGUCUUCGGGCGCCUCGGAAGAUAGUAAAGUAGACCACCGGACGAGCUUUCUCACGAGUUACCACUCGCUCUACCUCGACAGCGUGGUUUAUGGAAGCGUCAGGAUUGAAAUCGUAAAAGUUGAAUUAGUUUGUGAUGCAUAAAAUGCAACCCACACAGUGCCUGUCUUGGAGAGUAGGCAAGGGAGGCAGAUUUCAAGCCUAUUGAGGGGUAGAAAUCGGGCUGCUAAAGUAGCACGACAAAAGGGAUCUUCCUUACCCAAAUAGCAUGACAAACUGGAUUUCGGUUCUACCCAAAUUUGUCAUGCGCCACUUGGAAACUGGUUUACAACUGGCAUCCGUUUUAUGCAUCACAAAUUAUUUCAACUUUUAGGAUUUCGAUCCUGACGCUUCCAUAUGGUUUUACAGCCGGCGGGGACCACGAGAAGUAGUCGAGACGACGGCGGGAAGACAGAGAAUACACACGGAGGUGGAGCUGCAACGGUUUUCCACAAUGAAGACCUUUAUUCGGAGCAGAACAGCACGAUGGGACAAGACCUAGCCGCUUCCGGGGGUAUGAUUCCGGCCGGCCCCCCAUCCGUCGUAGAAACCCACGAGUGGUCCUGUCACGAGGACUCCGAUGCGGUAUCAACUGCAAAUAUGUCCAGGUCUGGAAACUUACUUGUGAUGCAAGGCAGGGAACAUUUCAUUAGUGCGCACACUGUAUUGCGCUCCUGUCAAGCAUGACAAGUGUUUCCGCGGUUCUGAGUUGCGUACUCCGCAUGAGAAACUGCGCUUUCGCAUUACAGCCAAGAGGAGCUCAUCUUCGCGGCCACGCAAUAGAGAGUUCAGAGCCAACACCCAGACAAGCAUGACAACUCUCGGAAUUUUCCAGACUCAGACAUACUUGCAGCGCAUGCGCGGACGAACAAGGGACCAUCAACUCAGGUCGUGCCAGCGAUCUUCAUAUGGAGCGGUUGGUCGGGGCACUGGAGCACGCGACGGGCGGUCCUACUGCUGCUGCAAGUGAUUUUUCGCCGCGACGAGGGCCCGUUCUUCUAGUAGCGCACGAAGAGAAACAAGAAGAACCUCCUGCCGUGAAGAAACAAGGCGCCCAAGUAGAGAUGAACAACGAUGUUGACGUGGACCACUACGAUCAUCGCGCGGCCGGGGACAACAUCAACGGCGCAACUCCUGAGCGUCUAGAAGUUGUACCCAAGAACGAACCUUCCUACGCCGAGGAAGUGGAGGAAGAAGUUCGGCUAGACAACAUGAUGUCACAACCUACACAGCAAGAAAACUGUGUUACAGCUAGUACAGGAGAUUCACAGAUGAAGUUUGGCACCACGGACAAGGACAACUUCGACCACCUCGUCCACUGCGAAGAUGACAACGCCAACAACAAUAUCGAAGAUAUGGCGUUCUCAACCGUUACAUCCUCAACUGUUACAUGGAUUUGUGAUGCAAGAACGGCAACAGUGAAAGAGGGGACCUUGCGCGUCUUGCAUGACAGAUUUCGCACGGAUUCUCAGCCUGUUGGGCUCUUCGAGAAUUUGUAUUGCGAAGCCGCUUGAUCAUCGUGUCGAUUCUGAUUGCAAUUCUGCAUGACAAAUCAUGUAACAGUUGAAAAUGUAACAUUUGAGAACGCCAUAGAAGAGGAAAUUUUCCAGUCCCUUGAAGAUAUGGAAGUGAAAAACAGGUUUGCGACUACCGCGAACCCGGACUACCUAUCAAGUGCAAAAGUAUCUAGGUCUGGAAGAAUGCAUGGUUGUCAUGGAAGUUUGGCAUGACUCUUGAAUCUGUCAUGCACGUUGCCCAAGCGCUCCAUUUUUCUUUCAUGCAGAAACGCAGUUUGUCAUGCAGAAUAGGCAACAACUAGAAGCUCAGAAACUUGUCAUGCUGAGCCAGCACUUGUGGCGUCAUCAUGAUACGCCACCCAGCAUCACAAGUUUCCAGACCCAGUAGACAUUUUUGCAUUUGAUACUAUCCGAGCUUUUUCGAUUCUGCGGUGGAAACGGAAACGGAGGUAUCAAAUGCAAAUAUGUCUGGGUCUGGAAGAUUGUGAGACUUGUCAUGCUUGUCUGGCAUGACCAAAAAGUUUGUGAUGCGUUUCCAAAAAGAGAUCCUUUUGCCUGUCAUGCAAAAACGCAGUUUGUCAUGCGAAAAACGCAACACAAGGAAGCGCAGAUAUUUCUCAUGCUUGGCGGUGCAUUGCAGAGCAUUCACUGUUCCCAACGCAGCAUUACGAGUUUCCAGACCCAGUCAUUUUUGCAGUUGAUAGGAGGUGUGUGAUGCGGAGGAAGAUGAGCAGCAUGGGGAUGAAAACCAAGAUUGUCCACCUCGUGGAUCAUCCGACGUUGGUAAUAUCAAAGAUUCCACUUCUACUACUUCUGCGACCGAGCAAAGCGAAGAGGUGAGGACUUUUUCCGACGCUUUAAGGACCGCAUUGGAGAAGGAAGUUGAGAGAAAGUUUGCUGGUGAAAAUGACGGAGCGGAUUCUGUUUAUGCAUUGCAAAUAUGUCUGGGUCUGGAACGAUGCAAACUUGUGAUGCGGAUGCUGGAACACGCACAAAUCUGUAUUGCGUAGUCAGCAAAAGGUACCUGAUUUUUGUCUCCAGAAAAGGGCAUCUGUCUUCAUGCGGAGAAGGCAUUGAGAAGCCCCCACAGAGUUUGUCAUGCUCUGUGUGCAUUCCAGACCUUUUUGUAGAUGUGAAAGAUGCAUCACAAAUGUCUAACUUCUUCCAGACCCAGACAUAUUGGCAGUGGAUUCUGUUUCUCCCAGUGCAAUAAAAUCUUCUUCCAGUCCUGGCAAGAAACUAGAACACCAUUGUCAUUCCACAGCAGCAGAAAUGAACCCCUCGUGUUCCUUGUCAGCGAAGAACCCCUCGCCCCUAUCGUGAGGAAAAAUCCCCCCUCCCCAUAUUGAAAAGGUAUGUUUCCAAAAAUUUGCGUUGCGGAUUCGAGGUCACAAAUCACAUCUGUAUCGCAAGAAGACAAGGGCAGAAGCUUCCGCCCCGUUAUGGAAGCGAUUUGUCAUGCUGUUGGGCCUAAAGGAGAGCCGUUUGCCGUGCUGAACAACUAGGCCCGUACGCCCCUACCUAGCCUGGGGAUCUGGCCGCCAUGCCUCCCUGCAAUACAAAGCUGAUUUGUGGCCACAAAUCAGCAUCAGAUAUGGGGAGGGGGGAUUUUUCAUUUUGAUACCCGCCCCCGAAGAAGCGACCUCUCCCCCCCUUUUUCACGAACGGAAGGCAAACGGCGAGUUCUUCGUCCUUCGCUGCGAAUGGUGAUUAUGCAAGAAAAAAUGUGAAUGUAAGUCUGUAAUGGAGAAAAUGCAAAACUGUUGACACUUGUCAUGCUGAAUCUGCGUCAUACUCAUAGGCUACUUUCAUACGUGUUUCCGCGUGCAACUAGUUGCGCAUGACAGGUUUUCCCUGUAAUGCCAAACGAAUCUGUGAUGCUGCUCUUGCUUCCUACAAAGUUACACUUACACAGUUUUUUUCCUGGAUAGUGAUCUUGGAAAGAACUACAGAAGCGGAAUUUUUAAUCAGAAACAUCAGCAAGGAGCUUUGAUGUCCCCUUCGCGAGGAACUAGUAGCUCCUCAGCACAACAAGCGUCUUCUACUCUGCACAAAGCCACUGCAGCGUCCAACUCCCGGGCAACUGCGAACACGGCCACGCUGAAGCAGCAACAGUAUCAAAUGUAAAUAUGUAGUCUGGGUCUGGAAACUUGUGAUGCUAAAAUCUUGAUGAUGGAAACAGUUCCGAAUGCAACUUAGCAUGACAACUUUGCAGAAGGAAUGCUUUCUUGUAGGCAAUCCGCAUCAGAAACUGUGUGUGCGCAUGUACAAAAGAGGCUACGACUGUUGUAGCUUAUGCAAUACAGAUUUUCAUCUAGGUAUGGAAACUUAGCAUUACAUCCGGACCCAGACAUGUUUGCAAUGCAUAAACAGCAAGCCGCGGGGUCGAGUACUGCUUCUAAAAGUGUUGAAAACAAGAAACUGAUUCUCGCUUCCACAAGGAUCGUAUGAACUGCAAAAGUAUCGUACUAGUAGAAAUUGCAUUACAAAUUCACUUAGCAUUACAAAUUGAAUUUGUAAUGCAGAUUUGCCUCAGCAAAGAGAUUUGUAAUGCAUAAACGCAAUUAGUACGAGCACGAUACUUUUGCACUGCGUAGAUCGUGAAAACGGAAGCAGAAAUCGCGGAAAUCCGGGCGAAAUCGAGGAUCCACACGUUUUAUCCUGUGCAAAAGUAUCUGAUACUCGUAUUGCAAUCAUGCAUUACCAAUCUUUGUCUUAAGGUAAACCCGCAUUACAAAUUUUAUUUCUCAUGCUGAGAAAAUUCGUAAUGCAAUUUAUAUAUACGAGGACGAUACUUUUCCUUUUGCAGUUCAUACGUUUCCCGCUCCUGGCACGAAUAGUAAGCCCAAGCCAAAUAAACUGGUACCGCAGCAUAUCCUCAGUAAAAACAUCCUCACCCCAGAGUUGUCAUGCAGAUUUGCAACGGCAGGAAGAUUUGUAAUGCGCACCCCAAUGAGAGGCAUUUCAAAUCGUGUUUUGGAGGUUCUGAUGCUGUAAACAGGAUAGGUACAUGGGUUUGUGAUGCGGCUGCACUUGCUAGACUGCACGAGGAACUUGUCGUUGUCAUGCGUGACUCCCAAAGCUUCUGGAUUUGUGUUGCAAGAUCCCGAGCUUUACUCUGGUGUGGGGACGUUUUUACUCGCAAUGCAGCAGCGUAUUGACGUCAGGAAAAAGAGUCCCAAUGAACAACUGCAGGAGCAAAAUAUCCUGAGUACAAACGUCCCCGCGCCAGAGUUAAGAUGGGAAAUCGGCUAUACAAAUCAACAGCAAGCUCUGGCUGUUGCAGCGCAUGACAACUGUGGUGGGUGCGCAGUGUAGUCGCAUUCACCUAGUGCAGAAGCAUCACAGAUCUAGCAGCUCAUGCGGAUUUGAGCAUCACAGAUUCCGAAACGCAGUGAGAAAGCGCUCCUUUUGGGACUCCGCAUCAGAAACAUUUUGAGCGUGCAGAUUUGCAUGACAAGUCUGGGAUGGGGACGUUUUUAAUACACAGGAUACAAAAUUUGUGCAAGGGAACGGGUGCGGAGGUAAGUGAAUUCCUUUGCGCGGCUGGAGCACCUGGGGCGAUGCAGGGUACGAGAUAGCACAACUCCCCCAUCCCCUCAUUUGUAUGGUAUGAGCAGCAAUACAGCACCAGCGGAAAUGGAGCCUGCCGCGCAUGACAAAUCUUCUACACACGGAUUGUAGUGCUGUUUGUGUGGUUCCAAAAUUUGUCAUGCAAACUGCGCUUACAGACAAGAUGUGGAUUUGGGUUUUUGCAUCACAAAUGAGGGGGAGGGGUCGUGGUUGUGCACUUUCAUACAGUGGCAGGGGCAAACAGGAGUGGAGGUGGAUGACCAAGUGAAAGCGUACAUGGAGAUAUGUAUCAACUGCAAAAAUGUCUGGGUCUGGAAGAGUCGGAACCUGUCAUGCACAUUUUGCAUGACGCGUGAGGUCUGUGAUGCUGGUGCUCGCAUCACAGAGUUUUUGAGAGCUUCUUGAUGGUAAUUACGCAUGAGAAAUGCCCUCUCCGCGUGCCAGGAGCUGACUCGUCUUGCUGCUCAUGCAACACAGAUAUUUUUAGAAUCCGCAGACAGCAUUACAAGUUCCACUGUUCCAGACCCAGACAUUUUUGCAAUCCAUAAUAUGAGAGAGAACACGACAGCUCCCCCUCCCCCUCUUCUGUAAUGCAAAACACCAAAUGCACAACCACAUCUUGGUCUUCCCUGCAAGGAUUCAUUGUUUGCACGACAAAUUUUUGAAGCUCCAGCAGUACCACAGUCCGCUCGCAGGUUUGUCAUGCCGAAGCGACAUUUCUGCCGUUGCUUCUGUUGCUGCCCAUGCGGUAGUUUCAAUGCGGGUGGGGGGGAAAUUGUGCACUCUCAUACGAGAACCUGAAUUCGCAACUGGAGGCGUUAAUGUGAUAAAAAUAAAGAAAAGAAUAAAAUAACUCGUUUACAUUGCGGCGAUCAUCUUCACAUCACAGCGCUUUUACAUGCCAAAUGCACGAAGCAGAGCGAGUAUGCAGAUUUGAAUUUCUCACGAAACUCAUUGCGACUAGUAAACGUCACUGCUGGAAGUGGAAGACCACGCCAUGGAAAGCUGUGG